UACUGCAUACACGAAAAUAAAAAUUUUUUUGACAAAAUCGUGCAUGUUUUCGCUGGCUAAAAAAAAGAAGCAGGCCGCGCGAGCCCUAGCUAGCUAGACCGCCGCCCCUCCCGUCCUACGAAGCGCAGCGCAUCGCAUCCCGCGUCCAGCGUUUCCACUUGUGUGUUUGUUAUGAAUAUACCGAAGGUGACAACAUCGCUUGGUGCCGCCGAAAAGGCGAAACCCGAACGUGUAGCAUCCGUGGCGGCCGUCGGUGCCGUCGGAGGCGCCGCCUUCACAGCGGUCGGCCUGCAGAAGCGCAGCAGCGGCGCCGACGACCCCUCCGCUGCGGCGGAGGAUGCCACGCGCAAGAAGGCCAAGACGGAGCUGCUCCUCGGGGCGCCAGUGGCCGUGCCAGCGCCCGCGCCCAGUUUGCCCGCCAAGGCGUCUGCUCCGCAGCAGCUGCUCUACCAGCGGGCUCCCGGCCAGCAGGUCAAGGUGCAGGCCAAGGAGGAGGCCCAGUCGGAGCCCGACGGCGCCUCCUGGGAAGCCCGCGAGCAGCAGCAACAGCAGCAGCAGCAGAUCAUAGUGUGCAACUUUGGCCCCGGCAGCGAGAUGGGCGCCAUCAAGGCGGAGGAUGCCGACAAGCAGACCUUCGCCAGCUUUACCAAAAAGGAGGGCGCCUCCUCGUCGGCCUCGUCCUCCUCCUCCACCGCCUCCGUCAUCUCCAUCGAGCCCGGCGGCCCUGGGCAGGAGCACGCCGACAAUCCCGGCAAGGCGGAGGACCUCGACUACGUGCUGGUGCCCUCCUCCGAGGGAACGGGCAGCCAAACGGGCACCACCUCCACCAUCAUCCUGAACGCCAACAACGGAGGAGGAGCAGGAGCAGUCAGUGCCGGCGGCGGCACCACCACCACCAUCCUCACCCAGAAGCCCGGCCACACCAACUACUUGAACUUCAACACCACGGCCACCGGCAGCCAGACCGGCCAGCCGACCACCACGCUGCUGAACCGGGUGAACCUGCACGCCAAGAUGAAGACCACCCAGCUGGUGGUGAACGCCAAGAAGCUGUCGGAGGUCACGCAGACCACGGCCAAGGUGUCGAUCGGCAACAAGACGAUCUCGGUGCCGCUGCUCAAGCCCCUGAUGAGCGCCGGCGGAGCGGCCACGGCCGGCGGGGCGACGAUCGUGGAGAGCAAGCAGCUGCUGCAGCCGGGCGGCCAGGUGACGGCCAUCACCGGCGGCGGCCAGCAGGUGCAGGUCCACCCGCACGUCCACCCGCACGGCCAUCCGCACGGCCACCACAACAUCACCAAGCUGAUCAAGCGCGUGCCCAAGAACCCCGGCACCAUCGUCUCCUUCUCGGGGCUGCAGAUCAAGCCGGCGACCACGAAGAUCGUGGCCACCAAGGUGGUCAGCAAGAAGAUGUCCCUGCAGCUGCAGCAGCACCACCAGCAGCAGCUGCAGGCGACCAGCGGCGGCGGCCUGGCCCCGCCCACGGGCAGCAUAGUGACCAUCACGACCACCAAUCCCAGCCAGACCUACGCGAUGGUCCAGGAGGCGGUCCCGCACUCGGAGGAGGCGACGGCGCCGCGUAAGAUCACCGCCUACUCGGAGAACCUGCAGAAGAUGCUCAGCAAGGGCAAGGAGACCGAGGAGUUCGCCGGCCUCAACAGCGUGGUGAUCAAGCCGCUGGACAAGAGCGCGAUCAACUGCCCGCCCAGCUUCAACAUCUUCAAGCAGCAGCAGUCUGUCCAGUCUGUCCAGUCUGCCCAAACGACUACGCCCGUGACCUUCACCUGGCUCCCACCUGGUCACACCUCCUCCGCCUCCUCCUCCACCGUCUCCGUGUCCGCGGGCACCAUCUGCAUCAACAGUCCCAUGAUGGGCUCGCGGCCCAUCAUCUCCAUCCAGAACAAGAACAUCUCCCUGGUGCUCUCCAAGACGACGAUGGCCCAACAGAAGCCCAAGAUGAUCACCAGCCAGUCGGCGCUGCAGAUGCACCAUGCGUUGGUCCAGGAAUCCAGUGCAGACAAGACGGUGUCGGUGGCCUCCGCGGGAGCCUCUUCGGUGCAGCUCAAGCUGACGAGCGCCAGCGUGACGCCCGCGAAGCUCGAGGUGGUCAAGCUGGAGGAGAUUGCCGGCGAACCGAAGGCGGUGGCCAAGGAGGCACCCGGUGGUAAUCCGGCGGGCGAACAGGAGCGCGGCGAGGAGAUCGGCACACCGGAGAAGCGUUUGAACGCCAGCACCACCAUGACGCUGGCCACCACUCCCACCUCCACCGCCUCGAAUCCCAGCACACCGAAUCCCCCGGCCAGUGCCACGCCUACUGCCACUGCCACGCCCACUGCCACUCCCACAGCGAUCAACAAUCAGCGCUCGGGGGCGGAGGACUCGAACAACGCGCUGCUCAAGCAGCUGCUCCAGAACACCGGCAGCAGCCACAAUCUCAGCAUCCCCUCCGCCGCCACGACGGCGCCCCUCUCGGCCCGCAAGGUGAUCAACGUGCGGGCGCCCAGCAUGGGCAUGGUCAGCAGCCUGGAGGCGCAGCUGGCGCGUCCGGUGAUUCCGCCGGUGCCGGCGGGCAGCAGCAGCAGCAGCGGCAAGUCCGUGGCCACCUCCACCACGACCACAACGGUGGCCAGCGGAGGAAGUGGCCAGUCGGUGGCCACCGCCUCGGUUACUCCGGUUACUCCGCUCACGGCUGUGGCAAUCGCCACGCCUGGAGAACCAAAGCUGGAGCAGAAGAGCGAAGCGCCAGUGGUGGUUCAGAACCAGAAUCAGAAUCAGAAUCCACCACCACCACCUCCUCCUCCGCAGCAACAGAUGCAGCCCCUCCAAGUCAAGCAGACCGUGCAGAUUGUGUCCAAGGAAACGUCGUUCAUCUCGGGCCCCGUGGCAUCGAGUAAACCCCCGACGGAGGCCACUGCCAAGCCGCCAGUUGCCGAGCUGCUGCCUCCGCCGCUGCCUCCGCCGCCCUACGAACUGGCCACCGCCCCCGUCUCGAACGUGACCAUCUCCAUAGCCACCAAGCAGGCGGCGCCCAAGGAGCUGCAGACGAAGCCCAAGGCGGUGGCCAUGUCGCUGCCCAUGGAGCAGGGCGAGGAGUCGCUGCCGGAGCAGGCGGAGAUGCCUCCCCAUCCGGAGCAGGGUGGCGCAACCUGGAGCAACAGCAACCACAUCGAGGGAGGAGCAGCCACAGCCACAGCCACCAAGAUUCCCUUCAAGCCUUCAGGCGAGGCCCAGAAGCGCAAGCUGCCCAUGCAUCCGCAGCUGGACGAGAAGCAGCUGGAGAUGGCCUCGCUGCCGGUCACCCCAACGGGACAAGCUGCUCCGGAGAAGGUGCAGCUCAUCUCGGCGAUGGGCAGCUAUGUGAAGAAGUCCGAGGCACAGACCCCACAACCCAUUCAAGCCCAAAGCCAGGGGCAGGUGCAGAUGCAGGCGCAGAUGCAGGCGGCCAUGCAGGGGCAGAUCCCGGGACAGAUUCCUGGACAGAUCCCUGGCCAGAUCGCGAACCAGAUGCCGGCACAAAUGCAUCUGCAGGUGCAGCAUCUUCACCAGCAGCAGGCUCCCUCGGUUCCCUCGGUGGCAAUGCCUGGACAUCAUCCCCUUCCCCACCAGCAAACCCAUCAACAGACCCAUCAGCAAACCCAUCAGCUAACCCAUCCCCAAACCCAUCCUCCCACCAUGGAGCCCAAGGCGGGUGACCAAAGAAAGCGCCGCAAACGCGAGGUUCAGAAGCCGCGGCGCACGAAUCUGAAUGCCGGAGCGGGAGGAGCUGGAGGAGCGGGAGCAGCGGGCGCUCUCAAGGAUCUGACGGGCGCACUGCCGGCGGGAGCAAUGGUCCAGCUGGCGGGAAUGCCGCCGGGAGCGCAGUACAUCCAGGGCGCAGCUCCAGUGAUCAGCGGCGGACACGGAGGACAAGGAGGCGUUGCGCUGGGAGGCAGCUCCUCGCCCAUGCUCAAGAAGCGCGUGCGCAAGUUCUCCAAGGUGGAGGAGGAUCACGAUGCAUUUACCGAAAAGCUGCUUACGCACAUCCGCCAGAUGCAGCCGCUCCAGGUGCUGGAACCGCAUCUCAACCGCAACUUUCACUUUCUCAUCGGGAGCAACGAGGCCUCCGCCUCCGCUUCCGCCGGUGGUUCGCCCUCAUCUUCUGGAGGAGGAGGAGCAGCAUCAGCUGGUGGCAAACUGAAGGGAGGAGCCAGGCUGCCGCUGAGCAGGCACCUGGAGGGUCUGGAGGACUGCGACGGCGCCAUCCUCGGGCGCUUUGGACGCGUGCGUCUGCCGGGGAUUCCCUCGCUGUACGACAGCGAGCGCUUCGGCGGCAGCGGAGGUCUGGUGGGCGGAUCAUCGCGCCCACCCUCGCCCUCCGUCGAUGCCGAGAAGCUGCUGCCGCUGUCCAGCAUCCAGAACGACUUCUACGACCAGGAGUUCUCCACGCACAUGGAGCGCAAUUCGCGGGAGCGCCUGCAGCGGCACAUCGGCGCCGUCAAGGACUGCAACCUGGAGACCGUCGAUCUGGUCGAGGGCGAGGGCGUGGCCGCGUGGGCGGCCUUCCCGCGGCUCACCCGCUACCCGGGAUUGAUCCUGCUCAACGGGAACAGCCGCUGCCACGGACGCAUGUCGCCGGUGGCGCUGCCGGAGGACCCGCUGACCAUGCGGGUGCCCGUGUCGCCGUUGCUGCGAUCCUGCGGCGAGGAGCUGCGCAAGGCCCAGCAGCUGGAGGCCCUGGGCUCCUUGGCCAGCAACAACAACAACAACAACUACCAGCAGAAGAACCAGAACGUGAUACUCGCACUGCCCGCCUCCUCCUCGGAGAACAUAGCCGGCGUGCUGCGGGAUCUGGCCAACCUGCUGCACCUGGCGCCCGCGCUCACGUGCAAGAUCCUCGAGGAGAAGGCGGGCGACAAGCCGGAGGAGCAGUUCCCGGACCGUGACCAGGAGAAGCGCCGCCCGCCGAUCGCCGUGAGCCACGGCCACCUGCGCAAGAUCCUCGACGGGCGCCGGAAGCUGUGCCGCAGCUGCGGGAAGGUGGUCCCCGCCACCGGGCUGCGUGUUCCGCGGCACAGUGUGCCCGCGCUGGAGGAGCAGCUGCCCCGGCUGGCCCAGCUGAUGGACCUGCUGCCCCGCAAGGCGGCUGCCCCGCCGUUCGUCUACUUCUGCGACCGCGCCUGCUUUGCGGGAUUCAAGUGGAGCGGCGGCAAGGAGGAGGCGGCCAGUCUGCUGCUCCAGCCGGCGGGAGGUUCCACUGCAGCGCCUUCUGUGUCCACCGGUGACUCCCCCACCGGCAGCGGCUCCAUCUCCUCAGCACUCGCGGAAACGGUGGUCAAACAGGAGCCGGAGGACGAGGCGGACCAGGCGCAGCCCACCGCCAAUCUCCCCGUGCAGCGCAAGUGCAUCGUCAAGUGCUUCAGUGCCGACUGCUUUGCCACGGACUCGCCCGUCAAGCUGGAGUUUGCAGACGGAGCAGGAGGAGGAGGAGCGGGAACAGCGGGAACCAACAACACUGUCUGGGAAACGGAGGCCAGUGGACUGCAGCUGGAGGACACCAGGCAGUGCGUGUUCUGCAAUCAGCGGGGCGACGGCCAGGCGGACGGACCCUCGCGACUGCUCAACUUUGAUGUGGAUAAAUGGGUGCACCUCAACUGCGCCCUGUGGUCCAACGGCGUCUACGAGACCGUCUCCGGGGCCCUGAUGAACUUCCAGACGGCCCUGCAGGCGGGUCUCAACCAGGCGUGCAGCGCCUGCCACCAACUGGGCGCCACCAUCAAGUGCUUCAAGUCGCGCUGCAACAGCCUGUACCACCUGCCGUGCGCCAUUCGCGAGGAGUGCGUCUUCUACAAGAACAAGUCGGUGCACUGCAGCGCCCACGGGCAUGCUCCACCAGGCGGAGGAGCAGCAGGAGCAGGAGGAGCAGGUGCGCCAGGCUCUGCUGCUCUGGCGGAGAACGAACUGAGCUCGCUGGUCGUCCACCGCCGCGUGUUCGUGGAUCGCGACGAGAACCGCCAGGUGGCCACUGUGAUGCACUACUCGGAGCUGAGCAACCUGCUGCGCGUGGGCAACAUGACGUUCCUGAACGUGGGCCAGCUGCUGCCGCACCAGCUGGAGGCCUUCCACACGCCGCACUACAUCUACCCCAUCGGCUACAAGGUGAGUCGCUACUACUGGUGCGUGCUGCGUCCGAAUCGCAGGUGCCGCUACAUCUGCAGCAUCGCCGAGGCCGGCUGCAGGCCCGAGUUCCGCAUCCUGGUGCAGGACGCCGGCGACAGGGAGCCGGAGCGCGAGUUCCGCGACAGCUCGCCCUCGGCGGUGUGGCAGCAGAUCCUGCAGCCGAUCACGCGGCUGCGCAGGGCGCACAAGUGGCUGCAGCUCUUCCCGCAGCACAUCAGCGGCGAGGACCUCUUCGGGCUCACGGAGCCGGCCAUCGUGCGCAUCCUGGAGAGCCUGCCGGGCAUCGAGACGCUCACCGACUACCGCUUCAAGUACGGCCGCAACCCGCUGCUCGAGUUCCCGCUGGCCAUCAACCCGUCGGGGGCCGCGCGCACCGAGCCCAAGCAGCGCCAGCUGCUCGUCUGGCGCAAGCCGCACACCCAGCGCACCGCCGGCAGCUGCAGCACCCAGCGGAUGGCCAACUCGGCGGCCAUCGCCGGCGAGGUGGCCUGUCCCUACAGCAAGCAGUUCGUCCACUCGAAGAGCUCCCAGUACAAGAAGAUGAAGCAGGAGUGGCGCAACAACGUGUACCUGGCGAGGUCCAAGAUCCAGGGACUGGGCCUGUAUGCCGCCCGGGACAUUGAGAAGCACACCAUGAUCAUCGAGUACAUUGGCGAGGUCAUCCGCACCGAGGUCUCCGAGAUACGCGAGAAGCAGUACGAGUCCAAGAACCGCGGCAUCUACAUGUUCCGGCUCGACGAGGACCGCGUGGUGGACGCCACUCUGAGCGGUGGCCUGGCGCGCUACAUCAACCACUCGUGCAAUCCCAAUUGUGUGACGGAGAUCGUGGAGGUCGAUCGCGACGUGCGGAUCAUCAUAUUCGCCAAGCGGAAGAUCUACCGCGGCGAGGAGCUGUCCUACGACUACAAGUUCGAUAUCGAGGACGAGUCGCACAAGAUACCGUGCGCCUGCGGGGCGCCCAACUGCCGCAAGUGGAUGAACUAGAGUCGGGAUCCGCCUCCUCCGCCUACGAAGGACCAAAGGAAGCGCAAGAGGCGGCGACGCGCGCGCCGCUCCCAGUGAACAGGAAUAGGAAUUGUUGUAUCUGAUCAAAUAGAUAGAUUCGCUAGGCAGAUAAGCAGAUAGCAGAUAGCAGAUAACAGAUAAGCAGAUAGGCAGUAUAGACCGUGUACAUAUAUACAAUUAUAUUAUGCUAUAUGCGAGCAUAGAACCUUGUAAGUUAUGUAUAUGUGCCCACUGUAGCUAAUUCGUAUCCCAUAUACAUAUAUCGCCGUAAGUGGAAAGUGGAGCAAGUGGAGAGUGUUUCAUAGUUUCAAUUGAAUGAUUGCUAUCGUUUCUAUAUAGAGAGAAUAUAAAUAUAAAUGUUAAUGCUAGGACAUGACCACGCCCCCUGUAAUGUAUGUACAUCUGACCCCUGACCUUUGACCCCUGAGCUUCUUAUUUUUAUUUUUUUUUUAGCACCAUCUCCACAUCCACAGCCGAUGGAAAACCCAAAAACUUGACUUUAUGCGUGUGUGCCUUCCCCUCUGUUUACCAUUUACCAUUU